AGGAGGGGCGGGACUUCCGGGGCGGUGGUUGCAUCAGAUUCUGGGAAGCUGUCGCCGCGGCAGCGGGUGAGGGAUACCCACGAUGGCAGGUUCUACGGAGGAUCAGGCUCCCGACUACAGGUCCAUCCUGAGCAUUAGUGACGAGGCGGCCAGGGUGCGGGCCCUGGACCAGCACCUCAGCACGCGUAGCUAUGUCCAGGGGUUCUCACUGUCCCAGGCAGACGUGGACGCGUUCAGGCAGCUCUCGGGCCCUCCCGCCGACGCGCAGCUCUUCCACGUGGCUCGGUGGUUCAGACACGUGGACGCCAUCCUGGGCGGCCCCCAAGCCACCGGCCCACCCUGUGGGCCCCCAGCAAGUAGAGGCCGGCGCGCACAGCCGCAGUGGGCUCCUCCGGCCGGGUCCGAGCCGUGCCAGCUCCGCCUGUACAACAGUCUGACCCGGAGUAAGGACGUGUUUGUACCUCAAGACGGGAAAAGGGUGACGUGGUACUGCUGCGGGCCCACCGUCUACGACGCCUCUCACAUGGGACACGCCAGGUCCUACGUCUCCUUCGACAUCUUGAGGAGGGUGCUCAGGGAUUACUUCAGGUUCGACGUCUUUUACUGCAUGAACAUCACGGACGUCGAUGACAAGAUCAUCAGGCGGGCCCGGCAGAACUACCUGUUCGAGCGGUACCGGGAGAAGCAGCCCUCGGCAGCCCAGCUCCUGGAGGACGUGCACGCCGCCCUGCAGCCGUUUGCAGCAAAGUUAAAGGAGACCACGGAUCCCGACAAGAAGCAGAUGCUGGAGCGCCUGGAGCGUGCGGUGACGCGGGCCGCCGAGCCGCUGGAGGAGGCCGUGCGGGCCAGCCUGGUGGGGGAGGAGCUGGACGGCCGAGUGCAGGUGUUGUUGGCAGAAGCAAAGGACCUGCUUUCCGACUGGCUGGAUUCCACCCAUGGCAGCGAAGUGACGGACAAUUCCAUCUUCUCGCAGCUGCCCAAGUUCUGGGAGGCGGAAUUCCACAAGGACAUGGAGGCCCUGAACGUCCUCCCUCCAGACGUCUUAACCCGCGUUAGUGAGUACGUGCCCGAGAUCGUGGACUUUGUCCAGAAGAUCAUGGACAAUGGUUACGGCUACGCUUCCAACGGGUCCGUCUACUUCGACACGGUGAAGUUUGCUAACAGCGAGGGACACUGCUACGGGAAGCUGGUGCCGGAGGCUGUCGGGGACCAGAGAGCCCUGCAGGAGGGCGAGGGCGACCUGAGCAUCUCGGCCGAGCGCCUGAGCGAGAAGCGGUCCCCCAACGACUUCGCCCUCUGGAAGGCGUCCAAGCCGGGGGAGCCAUCCUGGCCGUGCCCCUGGGGAAGGGGGCGUCCGGGAUGGCACAUUGAGUGCUCAGCCAUGGCGGGCACCCUCCUGGGAGCCUCGAUGGACAUCCACGGAGGGGGCUUCGACCUCCGCUUCCCCCACCACGACAACGAGCUGGCGCAGUCGGAGGCCUACUUUGAAAACGACUGCUGGGUCAGGUACUUCCUGCACACGGGCCACCUGACCAUCGCGGGCUGCAAGAUGUCCAAGUCGCUCAAAAACUUCAUCACCAUCAAAGAUGCCCUGAAGAAGCACUCGGCGCGGCAGCUGCGCCUGGCCUUCCUCAUGCACGCGUGGAAGGACACGCUGGAUUACUCGAGCAACACCAUGGAGUCGGCGCUGCAGUACGAGCGGUUCCUGAACGAGUUUUUCUUAAAUGUGAAAGACCUCCUGCGAGCGCCCGGGGAUGUCACCGGCCAGUUUGAGAAGUGGGAGCGGGAGGAGACCGAGCUGAACAAGUGCUUUUAUGACAAGAAGGCCGCGGUUCACGAAGCGCUCUGUGAUAACGUGGACACGCGCACCGCCUUGGAGGAGAUGCGGGCUCUGGUCAGCCAGUGCAACCUCUACACGGCGGCCCGGAAGGCCGCGAGAAGGAGGCCCAACCGGGCCCUGCUGGCGAGUGUCGCCAACUACCUCACCCACAUGCUGAAGAUCUUCGGGGCCAUAGAAGAGGAGAGCCCCCUGGGCUUCCCCGUCGGAGCACCUGGGACCAGCCUCAGCCUCGAGUCCACGGUCAUGCCGUACCUCCAGGUGCUGUCGGAGUUCCGGGAAGGAGUGCGAAGCAUCGCCCGGGAACGCAGAGUCCCCGAGGUCCUGCAGCUCAGUGACGCCCUGCGGGACGACAUCCUGCCUGAGCUGGGGGUGCGGCUGGAGGACCACGAAGGACUGCCCACUGUGGUCAAGCUGGUGGACAGAGACACCUUACUGCGGGAGCGAGAAGAGAAGAAAAGGGUUGAGGAGGAGAAGAGGAGGAAGAAAGAGGAGGCCGCCAGGAAGAGACAAGAGCAGGAAGCGGCGAAACUGGCCAAGAUGAAGGUUCCGCCCGGUGAGAUGUUCUUGUCUGAAAGUGACAAGUAUUCCAAGUUCGACGAAAACGGCCUGCCCACACACGACGCGGAGGGCAAAGAGCUCAGCAAAGGGCAGGCCAAGAAGCUGAAGAAGCUCUUCGAGGCGCAGGAGAAGCUGCACAAGGAGUACCUGCAGCUGGUUCAGAACGGGGGCUUCCCGUGAGGGCGCGAGCUGCUGCCCGGGCGCCCGUCGUCUUUACGGCGUCCUCGGGGCUGCGUUGAGGAUCCUGUGUCCAGAGAGGUCCGGGCCACCUUCGGCUCUGAAACGUCAGUAAUAAAUUCUCCCAAACACAAGGCCGGGCGCUGUCUCUGCCGCCGCCCUGCACGGUCAGCACUCGCGGGCCCCGCGCCCUCUGCUGUCACCCUGCACGGUCAGCGCUCGCGGGUGUGGGGGGCAGGCGGGCCGCUUGGUCAGCAGGUCCCAUCACGGCCUCAGCCGAGGGGAGUCCCCGAGCAGAUUGCUGUCGGCUAAUCUCUGGUGUGUGGGCGCAUUUGGAGGCAUUGGAGUAGGAGAAAGACAGGCUCAAACUGGCAGAGCCCGCUGGCGCCAGAGACAAAGGCUGCUCGGCCGGGCGCCCGGGUCCUGCCCGGUCAGCACGCUCUGGUGUCCCCAGGCGAUUCCACGGUCGGGCAGCCGCCAGGGCCAGCUCAGCCCCCUGGGCCCACUGCACUCGAGUCCAGGGUCCGCGCAGCUGGCGGCUCACGCGGUUUCACUCCCCGGCUGAGGCCCCCGCCCGAGCUCCAGAGCGCUUGCCUGUCCUUGGUGGAGGAGGGUGGCAUCGAGCCGAGGCGGCCUCGCUGGCGGGGGGCGGGUAGGAUGGAGGGCCAGCCCUGCCCGGGAGGCCUCGAGAAGGAAAGCCACCCCCUCCCGCACACAGACCGCGAGUGGUGUGAACACACCGGCCGCGGACGAUGGGAGUUGCAUGUGCCGGGGCGCUAAGGGUUUUGGGGUAAUUUUGUUAGUGGGAUUGUGCCACCUGUGUCCACACGUGUUCUCAGUUUGGGACAGCGUGGCAUGAGACCCCUAAUUCAGGAUUCUUCCGUGGAGAAAACUCAGGAAGCACGUCACGCAGGUGUCCUGGUCACCCCUGAGGGGCCGGCACCUGUCCCCCAGGCCAUCCCUGCUGCCUUCCUGUGUCCCAGGCUCUCCGCGCUCAGAUGUUCUUUAAAACCUGCCACCAGGAAAUCCUCUUUAGCGAAGGGCAGGAGGCUGGCUGCCGCCAGGGCGCCUGGGGGGUGGACUGGGGGCCAGGCUCUGGCCUCUGACCUCAUGCCCCUGGGGGUUCCCUAGCAGCCUGGUCACGAGUGUCCUUGCUGUACCCCCUGCAUUCAGCCUGUGCACCCUCACUAGCUGUAGCAGAACCUUCUGGAACAAGAGAGUGGAAUUUUUUUUUUUUUUUUUUGGUGGCGCCCACGUCAUGCGAAAGUUCCAGGAAUCGAACCUGUGCCACGGCCAUAAACAGGCCACAGCAGUGACAAUGCUGGAUCCUUAACCACUAGGCCACCAGGGAACUCUGAUCUGAGGACUUUUUUCCCUUUCUUUUUAGGGCCAUACCUGUGGCAUAAGGAAGUUCCCAGGCUAGGGGUCCCCUCAGAGCUGCAGCUGCCGGCCUACACCACAGCCACAGCCACGCGGGAUCUGUGCAGUAUCUGCAGCUUAUGCGACUGCUUGUGGCACUGCCAGACCCUUAACCCAUUGAACAGGACCAGGGAUCAAACCCGCAUCCUCAAAGGCACUAGGUUGGGUUCUUAACCCGCUGAGCCACAACGGGAACUCCCAACCUGGGGACUUUUAAACAAACCGCUGCCCACCUGCCGUUCUGAGUUCAUGGUGCAGCUGGGGCUCCAGGAGGACGCUGAGCAGCAGGAGGACGGGGUCAGGGCUGCAGCCUGCUGGUGGACAGUGUGGAGGAUGGGCACGGCUGGACGGGCUCUGACGUCCAGCCAAGGGCACGGAGGGGCCGUAUUAGCCCGAGAAAAGCGGAGACCCCCUCGGCUAAGGGGGCACCGGCCCAGUGGCGAUCCUUUGGCUGGUGCUUCUGCCGUCAGGGGCGGUCAGGCAGGAAGGGUCCUUCCGGAUGUCGGCGGGACGCGGGAACCGCCUUCGGGAACUCUCCCAGCAGGUCCUGAGGCUUAUGGUGUAGGCUUCACACACAAGGCCCCAGGUGCUGGGAGCCGGUUUUCCAAGCCGAUGUGUUCGGGCAGGGAGCCCACCGCGGAAGGUGUGAGUCACGCCCCCAGUCCCUGGGGGUGGUGCUGGAGCCUGGGAGGGUGGGGGCAGAUCCCUGAGUGGGAGGCCACCCCCCACCCCCGUCCCUCAGCCCUAAGGCAGCAUAGAGGCUCCAGCGGCUCAACGGCACCUGUCGCACUGGGUUGAAUAGUGUCCCCCCGACGUCCGUGUCUCCCUGGCGCUCCACAGAGAGCUUCUCUGGAAAUAGGGUCUUUUUCGAAGUACUUAGGUCCAGCCAAGACCACUACCUCAGUGUGCCUGCAGGUUACAGGUUCAGCUCCCCAACUCCCAGAACCUGUGCACUUGACACUUCAAAAUAGGUUUUUUGCACACGUAAUCAAGUUGAGGCCAUUGGGUGGUCCCCGGGGUACCCUGAGAAGAGGACACCGGGGCCUUUGGAUGAGGUGAGAAGUGGGAGGUGAAGGCCCUUCAAGGGCCGUGGCUCUGAGAGGAAGAAUACACAAAUCAGUGAUUUUUUUUUUUUUUUUUUUUUUUUGGCUGCAGCUCGCAGCAUCCUGAUGUGGGGUCUCAGUUACCAGACCAGGGACUACACCUGGGCCGCAGCAGUGAAAACCCCAAACCCUAACUACCAGGCCACCAGGAAGCUCACACAUUUUCACUGCGCAAAAUGUUUUUCUAACGUUCCAUGCGUGGAGCCAUGUUCCCUGGGACCACAGAACGUUGGCACUGAAAGGUGCCUGAAAGACGGCGCAUCUCCGUCAGCAGAUGAGGAAGCCGAGGUCCGGGAAGGUCAAUGUCUCUCUCAAGGUCAUAAAGCCAGGGUAGGAAAACCAGAGAGCGGACGAUCCACGAGGAUCGAUGGGCCCAGUGUUGGCCGUGGGCUGAAAGCUACCCUGAGAAGGACCUCACGUCCCUCACAAUGCCCCGCGUAGACCCAGCGUCCCCACGACAGUCCGGGAGAACGUCCUUCUCUCACGAGGGAACACGCGGCCCUUUCUACUGCUGCAUCCCAGGCGAAGCAGGUGCCCUGUUUUUUAAUGGGCCAAGUUGCGUGGGGAAAAAAAAAAAAAAGGCACGAUAAGAAAUACCUGGGGGCGGAGUUCCCUGGUGACUCAGCAGCUUACGGAUCCAGUGUCAUCACUGCUGUGGCUCGGGUUCGAUCCCUGACUGGGGACCUUCCGCAUGCCACAGGCACCGCCACAAAGAAACAGUGCGGGGAGAAGAAUGGGUUUAUGUACAGGUCACUGAAACCCUUUGCUGUACACCUGAAGCUGACACAACACUGUAAGUCAACUGUACUCUGAAAUAAAAUAAAAAUGAAUGCCUGGGGAGUGAGAGCAAAUGAGGACUGUUCUUGGGGUGAAAAGGGGACUUGAAUAGCCCAGCUUGCUUUAUACUUCUGCUUGUCCCCUAAUUGUGUGCUUUAAAAAAAAAAAUUCCUGAUUGUACAGAGAGGAGUUUAUGUUAUAUUUUUAAAGAAUGAAACAUUCCUGAGUUGAUUUAGAAGGUUUGUGUUUGGGUUUCAGAUGGCUGUGAUUGCCACUUUGAUGUAUGAAUAGCCCACGUGAGUUUGGUGGGUUUUGUUUAGCUCCACCCGCGGCAGGUGCAAGUUCCUGGGCAGGGAUCAAACCCACGCCUCAGCAGUGACCUGAGCCAUUGCAGUGACGCUGGAUCCUUAACCCACUGCACCACAAGGGAACUCCAAGCUUGAUUUUUGUUCUUGUUCCUGCUGUGGUUUAUUCUGCUGAUAACAUUAUCAGUAGGUCUUAACCUUACCCAGAAUCAGCUGCUGGCUAAGCCGGCAUAAACGUAAGCGCCACACCCUCGGCUCUGUAUCUUGGCACUUUCGUAGGAGUCAACGCAAAGAAGGAACCGUUAGACCUAAAAUUUGGAUGCCUAUUUUCACAUAACGCUUUAAGAUUGCGUCCCAGGAGGAAUUCCCAUUGUGGCACAGCGGAAACAAACCCGACUAGGAACCAUGAGGUUUCAAGUUCGAUCCCUGGCCUUGCUCCGUGGGUUCAGGAUCCGGCGUUGCCAUGAGCUGGGGUGGAGGUCGCAGACACAGCUCGGAUCCCACGUGGCUGUGGCGCAGGCCGGCAGCUGUAGCUGCGAUUGGACCCCUGGCCCGGGAACCUCCAUACACCGCAGGUUGGGCCCCGAAAAGCAAAAAAAAAAAAGAUUGUCCCCCAGGAGUGUUGUGUGUGUUCCAGGGUAGCUCAGAGCUCCUCGAAAGUCCCCUUGGAGAAGUGGAACAAACAAGCACUCACCUUUUAACGAGACUGUGUGCGGGUGUGACACAGGACAAUAGGGCAUCUGCAAAAUUCCCACGGUGCCGGCCUCCUGUGGUUUAAGUCUGUCCAUACAGAAAAUACCUGCAAGGUCGUACUAGAGCGAGAAAAGCCAGCGCACGGACUCCCUUAGAGUCAGAGUCCCGAUUUCCUCUUCAAACGGAACAGGCUCGGCUCGUGGCAGUUUUGCUCCAGGAGCAACGUGGCCACGAGGAAGUCACUUCCCUAUCUUCCAGGCCCCCGUCGGUUGCCUCCGACAGACGCUCUGCCGUGUUCAUACCUCUCAUGCCCCCUUCACUGUUUAAGAGGUGACGCCACAGCCAAAAAAAAGUUUCAUGGGGGAGUUCCCGUCGUGGCGCAGUGGUUCACGAAUCUGACUAGGAACCAUGAGGUUGCGGGUUCGAUCCCUGGCCUCACUCAGUGGGUUCAGGAUCCGGCGUUGCUGUGAACUGUGGGGUAGGUUGCAGACGUGGCUUGGAUCCCACGUUGCGGUGGCUCUGGCAAAGGCCGGUGGCUACAGCUCCGAUUCAACCCCUAGCCUGGGAAUCUCCAUAUGCCCAGGGAGUGGCCCUAGAAAAGACAAAACAAACAGACAGACAAUAAAAUUACCCUAGAUCUCAAAAGUCAACGAAGACUUAAGCAGGGACCCGAGUGCAGAGGUAUUAUUUGAAUCUUGAAACACAAAUGCAAUGAAAUGUACAGCUAUGGAGUGUCUGUGGUGGUGCAUCGGAAACGAAUCCAACUGGGAACCAUGAGGUUUCGGGUUCAAUCCCUGGCCUUGCUCAGUGGGUUAAGGAUCCGGCGUUGCCGUGAGCCAUGGUGUAGGUCGCAGAUGUGGCUCAGAUCUGGCAUUGCUGUGGCUGUGGUGUAGGCCGGCAGCUGUAGCUCUGAUUAGACCCCUAGCCCGGGGACCUCCAUACGCCGCAGGUACGGCCCUAAAAAUAAAAAAAAUAAAAUGUGUAACUAAUAAGUUGCAGCCUUUGUAAUUCUUUGUUUUUUCGUCUCAUAUUUCAAAACAAAAUUCUUUGUUUAGCUUGUGAUCAUACUAAUUAGACAAUUUGUCAGAUUCUCAAUUUUGGAACACAGGACUAAUUAAAAGGAACCGUGCUUAUGGGCUAAAAUGAGAGUAAUGUUUUCCUAAUAAUUAUAUUUCUGAACUUGAGUAGGGAUGUUUUGAACUGUUUGGUUAUAUAGUAAAUAAAGUAUUUUGUGCUUUUUAAAA